UGGCGUGUCUUCACUAGGUUACGGUAUGGACCAUUACGCUGCUGCUGCUGCUGCCUUGUGGAGUCGCAACAUUUCUUGCUCGUAGUUUUCUCCGUUCUGGACUGCUCUCUGAAAUCACAGGUUAUGCCACCCCAAAGGCUUCCUGGAUCCCCAGCCCUGAAAGAGAAAGGCUGAUCGCCGUCCUCCCCCCCAGGUUCCUGCUGCUCUGCACCCAGUCUCUAUCCCUGCCCCUCAUCCAACUGUACAUACAUCACCCAACCCCGCCGCCCCCCGUCCGUCAUCCUUUACCUCUGGGGCUGUUCACCCUGUCACAUCCCUCUCCCACAGAACCUUCCUCACAGCCGCUCCAUCUCCUCCAGUCUCUUUUUAUUCCAGCCACACAAGCCUCCUUCCCUGCAGGCCCCCCUGUCCUCACCACAGAGCUAUUCUUCACCCUCUGGCUGCACGCCGGGACCCAUGGCUACAGGAGGUCAUGCCCCAGAGAUAGAUGUGUUAGUCAAUCUACAAGAGGUGAAGGUGGAGGAUGAUGAUGAGGAAGGAGCAGUGGAGGAACAUGAAGAGGAAGAGGAGGAGGAGGAGAACUGGGAGAAGGCCCUGUCUGUGGAGCGCUUUGGAGACAUCAUCAGUGACUCUGCUUGCAGCAUUGGAGACAAGAUGGGUCGCCACUACACCGAGAAAGACUUUGAGUAUCACCGACACACGUUUCAUCAUACGCACCACCCCUUAUCCACCCACCUGCCCCUGCCCCAGCGUUUACGGAAACGGGUGCACAGCUCGGACAGAAGGCGGAAAAAGAAACGGAAGAAAAAAAAGACCUCCCUGCCCCCGUCUGAUGUUACACCCACCAUCCACGAGGUAGACGAGGAGGAGGCGGAGUCUGAGACCGACAGACAGGGGGCGGCAGCUGCGCGGAGCACGGAGCCACCUGACCUCCAACCGCAGUUUAGUUUGGGGAGCCAAGAAGACUUGGAGGAACCCCUCCCGCUCUCUGCCUUCCACAUGGAAAAUGAAGAACAUCCAUUGUCAAAGGAAGGCACACCCACUGUGAUAAAUGGAGAGGCUUGUAAUGGGGGAAUUGCUGUUCUUGAGCAGGAUGAGGAGGUGGAUGGUGAGGAAGCCUCCUGCAGCAGUGCCAGUACAGAAGAAUCAGAUCCCUCAAGUUCAACUUCGACCCGCAGCUGGUUCCGCAAGAAGCCCGUCCACCAUCGGCCUGCAGCCACCCAGCGGAGCAACUAUGACCUACGAGAGCGAAUCUGCAUCGGCAGCAUGACCGCUCAUGAGACGGCCGUCUACCAACAGGUCCCCACCGACGAGGCCGAGGCCCAGAUGUUGGCCAGCGCCGAUCUGGAUGACAUGAAAAGUCACAGAUUUGAGGACAACCCCGGGUUGAGACGCCACCUGGUGAAGAAGUCAUCCCGGUGUCAGAUGAACCGUAGUAGCAACAGUUCUACACCACUUUGCAGCCUGAAGAGGAAGAAGAGGGCAGCAGAUAAGAAAACUCAUGAGUUGUUUGUGGAGCUGAACGAGCUGAUUGUGGAGAAGGACCAUGAAAUGCGUUGGAAGGAGCGCGCUCGCUGGAUCAAGUUUGAAGAGGAUGUGGAGGAGGAGACGGACCGCUGGGGAAAACCUCAUGUGGCCUCACUCUCUUUUCGCAGCUUGUUGGAGCUUCGGCGCACCAUCACACAUGGUGCCAUCCUUCUUGACCUGGAGCAGAACUCACUGCCAGGCAUCGCCCAUCUGGUGGUGGAGACAAUGAUCAUCUCUGAUCAGAUCAGGGCUGAGGACAGACCCAGUGUUCUCCGGGCGCUGCUUCUCAAACACAGCCAUCCGAGUGAUCUGAAACAUCGCUUUCACCGCCACCACUCAUCCAGCAGCCUCGGUCACGGCAGCUACAACCACAACCACGUCCAGGACACCAACCUGCCGCUGGUGACAGAGGAGCACGACGAGCACCAGGACGGCAAAGGGCCCGUAUACGACCCCAAACAAGACGUGUUUGUCAGCCUGUUUAAAUCGCUCCACCCUCUGCCUCCUGAGAGUCAUCCGGCCGCAGCCAGAUCCAUGAAACUGCUCGCCAAGAUUCCCAAAGAUGCUGAAGCUGUCAUUGUUUUAGCUGGCUGUGUUGAGUUCCUGGAGCAGCCAGCGAUGGCCUUUGUCAGGCUGAACGAGGCCGUCCUUCUGGAGUCAGUCCUGGAGGUCCCUGUCCCUGUUCGCUUUCUGUUCGUCCUGCUUGGUCCGAGUCAGUCCAACAUGGACUAUCAUGAGAUCGGACGAUCCUUCUCUACUCUCAUGUCUGACAAGAGUUUCCACGAGGUGGCCUACUUCGCUGACGACAGACAGGACCUCCUGAACGGUAUCAAUGAGUUCUUGGACUGCAGCAUCGUCAUUCCACCCUCAGACGUGGAGGGCAAAGACCUCCUGAAGACGGUGGCAGACUUCCAGAAGCAGAUGCUGCGCAAGAGGAAAGAAAGAGAGCUGAAGAAGCAACAAUCAUCAGUUGGAAUCGAACUGAACAACAAAGAGGUGAGUCCGGAGGAGGAGGAGGAGGGGGACCAGGAGGUGGAUCCAUUAAAGCGCUCAGGGAUCCCAUUCGGAGGCCUCAUCCACGACAUCCGCCAUCGCUACCCGCAGUAUGUCAGCGACCUCAAAGAUGCCGUGGACAUGCAGUGCCUCGCCGCCGUCAUCUUCAUCUACUUUGCCGCCCUGUCACCAACUAUUACCUUUGGAGGCCUGCUGGGAGAAAAAACAGAGGGCAUGAUGGGAGUGACGGAGCUCAUUGUGUCCACUGCUACCCUUGGAGUUAUCUUCUCGCUGCUUGCUGGUCAGCCCCUCCUCAUCAUCGGCUUCUCGGGUCCUUUACUGGUGUUUGAAGAAGCCUACUAUAAGUUCUGUCAGGCCCACGACUUUGAGUACCUGACCGGUCGGGUGUGGAUCGGUUUCUGGCUCAUCUUCAUCGUUCUGGUGAUUGUGGCGGCAGAGGGGAGCUUCCUUGUCCGCUACAUCUCACCCUUCACCCAGGAGAUCUUUGCUUUCCUCAUCUCCCUGAUCUUCAUCUAUGAGACUUUCUCUAAGCUCUUCAAGGUGUUCCAUGAACAUCCACUGAUGGCCAUAUAUCCUACUGACUCCACCCCAGCCACGGGGCUCAGGGACUACGAAAGCCCCGUCUUCAACCAGCCCAACACUGCUCUCCUCUCUCUGGUCCUCAUGAUGGGCACUUUCUUUGUCGCUUUCUUCCUCAGGAAAUUCAGAAACAGUCGCUUUUUGGGUGGCAAGGCCAGAAGAAUCAUCGGCGACUUCGGCAUCCCCAUCUCUAUUUUAUUCUCAGUACUGGUAGAUUAUGCCAUUACAGACACUUACACUCAGAAACUCGAUGUGCCGUCGGGCUUCUCCGUCACCUCUCCUGAUAAACGCAACUGGUUCAUCAGUCCCUUCGGUGACAAGCAGCCGUUUCCCACCUGGAUGAUGGGAGCGUCUGUUGUUCCUGCACUUCUCGUCUUCAUCCUCAUUUUCAUGGAGACUCAGAUCACUUCACUCAUAGUCAGUAAGAAGGAGCGCCGCCUGGUUAAAGGCUCCGGCUUCCACCUGGAUCUCCUGCUCAUCGUCAUCCUCGGGGCCUUCUGCCCUCUCUUCGGCCUGCCGUGGCUCACGGCGGCCACCGUGCGCUCCGUCACUCACGUAAACGCCCUCACCGUCAUGAGCAAAGCCACGGCGCCCGGCGAGAAGCCCAUGAUCCAGGAGGUGAAAGAGCAGCGGCUGACCGGUCUCUUUGUGGCUGUUCUUGUUGGUAUGUCCAUCGUGAUGACAGACGUGCUCCGCCUCAUCCCGCUGGCUGUGCUCUUUGGGAUUUUCCUCUACAUGGGGGUCACCUCUCUGACCGGCAUCCAGCUGUAUGAACGCAUCACGCUGAUGGUCACGCCCGCCAAGCAUCACCCCGACCACAUCUACGUCACUAAGGUGAAGACAUGGCGUAUGAACAUGUUCACCAUCGUGCAGCUGGCUUGCAUCGUGGCCCUCUGGGUAGUGAAGUCCACCGAGGCGUCGCUGGCGUUCCCCUUCGUCCUCAUCAUGACGGUGCCGCUGCGUCGCCUCGUCCUCUCCAGGAUUUUCGAGGAGCGUGAGCUGCAGGCGCUGGAUUGCGACGAGGACUCUCCCAACUUUGACGAAGAUGGACGGGACGAGUACAACGAGAUCCACAUGCUUGUGUAAAUUUAAAAUUGGACCUUGCCAGUAGGACUUCCUCCUCCAUCCUCCACUCCUGACCAAUCAGAGUGAGCCUUUUUUUUGGAAACCUCAGCGUCUCUGGGUAGCAGUGACACAGAUGGAGGAGCUACUGAAAUGGUGUUUAUAAAAUACUUCAAAUGUUCUGGAUAUAUCUAUCUGGAUAAUCACUUUCUACCCCCUGUAUAGUCCAGUUUUCCAAAGAGCACACCUGCUGUUAGAUCUCUGUGAUGUUGUGCAAAACUCCCUGAAGAUUUUAUCGUGUCAGAGGCCAUAAAAAGACUAACCCUGAGCACCUAACUAAAACCUGAAGUGGACGAUGCAAAUAUAGCAAAAAAGCUUACCUUAUGAGAAUAUUUAGAAAUCUUUUUAUUCUGUCUAUCCCUUUAAAUACUCUGCAGGUUGUGGGCAUAAGUGCAAUGUUGAUGGGGACUACAUGGAGGGGAUCAUUUUGCACUUCCUUUUGCCUGAAGGUGGGAAAUAAGGGUCAAUUUGCUCUCAUUUAAGCAGAUUUUCUUGAAAAGUUAUACAUUUUCUGGCUAAUUGACCCUAAAUCUCAAAGUCCAGAAUUCCACUGCCCAUGCAGAGAAGCUGCCAGAUUUCCUAUAUAACACUGCCGUUGCCUGUAGGUUGCAAUGAUGUGCAAACAAGGAGUUAAACGGUCCUUUUCCUUUCUGUACAGACUUCAAGUAAUGAGCACUUUGACUGGGCAAAAGUUCACCUUUGUCGCUGCCAACAGAGCUCCCUGGCACAAAGCCUCCUCCCUAAAUGUAGUCUCCCCUCCAAGCCAAAAUCUCCACAGAGACUGUGCAAGCCUCUUCACGGGGGUGUUACUGUACUUUGUUCGGUGUUUCAUGCCCAACAUACCAGUACUCUGACCUUAUUAUUGUGACCUUGGAUGUAUACUGUAAGUAGAUAGCUAACAUGGUCUAAACCUUAUUUUUCUACUUUGUCGUACGUAUUUAUUUUGUGACCUUUGGACUCGAUGCCGGACUCUUAGUGGUGUUUAGACUCCCAAGUACCCAUAGCUAUACAAGUAUACAAUAAAAAGAACAUUGUGUAGGUUGACACAUUGAAAAACAGAAGAUGUCAUUAUUCAGCUGUUCUUUCAUCUCUCCGCAGUGUUUCCAUGGCGAGGUGCAUUUUUCACACAUGUCAUGAAUAAUAUAAGAACACACUGGAGUGGAAAAGCAUAGAAACCAGGCAAACACACACGAGCACUGAAAACGCCGGGGAACAGUUGAGCGUUGGCAGAAUGUAUGAAUGAUGCAUUGUACGGUUCGACUGUGAGCUUUGGAAUUAUAAUGUACCAUCUGUGUUCAGAGUUGUUUGGAAAUGCCCAGAGAUUGAGUUUUCACCUCCUAUAUUUUUGAGCCCACUAUAGAAUUUUAAUAACCAUUCAGCUGUGACACUCCAACUUUUUCAGAAACUCGACUUCUGCUACACAGAAACACCAGUUGUGAGAGCUUGUGUACAUAAACGUUUAUCAAAUCUAGUUAUUCAUGAGUAUGUUGAGUCUAGGUUUGAACAGGUCUAUGUAUUAGAUACGCAGACAAACUUUCUCCUGUAGACUGUAUAUAAAAAGUGGACUUAGCCUCUUGGUUUCAGAAGUGAAGUCAUUGCUGAAGUGCCUUAAACCUAUAUUCUUUCUAACUGCCACCAGGGGGAGACUCCACCGGUUGCAAAAAAAAGAAAAGAAGUCUGGCUGUAUUGAAGCAGACAAGAUAAGGAUCCUUCUUCAGGUUUCAUUUAUUACCUCAGUGCAAAGUCUCAUAAAUCACGGUUCAUGAUCUAUUUUUAAGUAUUCUAAACAAAGCAUGACCAUAGAUUUUUUAAAUUACAGUCCGAUUUGGUGGAAAAAAAUCAACUAUAGAGCAGGAUAUGAUUAAAGGCGUGGCUACAUCUGAUUGACAAGCCACUUUGAAAGCAACCAGUAAACUACGAUGGAGUCGUAGCAAAGUGUUUUCAAUCUCUUGUUCAAAUAUGAUUCUUUAUGGUUAAAGGCAGGGUUGGUCAUUUUCUCCAGAUAGACUUUUUAAGAUCUUGGUUGAAAUUGUC